AUGGCUCGGGCGCCGCUUUCCGCCCUGCUCGCUGCCUUGCUCCUGCCCUGGCUGCUGGGGGGCCAGGCGCUGCCCGCAUCGCGGGGGACCCGCCGGCACAAACCCCUGGAUGGGGCUCGGAAACACCACGCCUGGAAGGAGCAGAAUCCCUGGAUUUCCUCCUCAGUUAAUACCAUGGAGACUGGAGUCCCCAUGAAGGGCUUCUCCAGGGGCACAGACGGGCCGGCAGCAAGCUGGAACCCACCCCGCUGCGGCGUGCCAGACCUACCCACCCUGCCAGACGGCCAGAAUGGGCGGAACCGGCAGAAGCGGUUCGUCCUGUCGGGAGGACGCUGGGAGAAGACGGACCUCACCUACAAAAUUAUAAGAUUCCCGUGGCAACUUGUGAACACUAAAGUGAGAUGGACCAUUGCGGAAGCCUUGAAAGUCUGGAGUGACGUGACACCAUUAACCUUUACCGAAGUGCACGAGGGCCGAGCCGACAUAGUUAUUGAUUUCACAAGGUACUGGCAUGGCGAUAACCUGCCCUUUGACGGGCCUGGAGGCAUCCUGGCGCAUGCAUUCUUCCCCAAGACCCACCGCGAGGGAGAUGUCCAUUUUGACUACGAUGAGACCUGGACCAUUGGGAACAACUUAGGGACUGACCUACUGCAAGUGGCUGCUCAUGAAUUUGGUCACGUCCUGGGCCUACAGCACACUGCUGUCUCCAAGUCACUGAUGUCUCCCUUCUACAUCUUCCGCUACCCGCUGAGCCUAAGUGAGGAUGACAAACAAGGCAUCCAGUACCUCUAUGGGAAACCAAAGACCGAUCCGGUGCCAACCCCGACACAGGAGGCAGAGCCAAACCCACCAGACAUCGAAACAAACGAGAUCACCAGCGUGGGGUCUGUGCAGCCUGACGCCUGUGACACGGAUUUUGACGCCGUUUCCACCAUCCGGGGGGAGCUGUUCUUUUUCAAGUCGCACUACGUGUGGCGGCUCAGGAAUGGGAAGCUGCAGGCCGGCUACCCAGCCCUGGCCUCUCGCCAUUGGCAGGGAAUUCCAAGCUCCAUCGACGCGGCCUUUGAGGACUCCCUAGGAAAUAUCUGGUUUUUCCAAGGCUCUCAGUACUGGAUUUAUGAUGGCGAGAGACGCGUGUCUGGCCCUGCUUCUAUCUCGGAGCUGGGCCUAUCUGCUUCUCCUGUCCAGGCAGCUUUGAUGUGGGGGACAGAGAAGAACAAGAUUUACUUCUUCAAGGGAGGCAGUUACUGGCGCUUCAACCCUAGCACCCGCCAGGUGGAGACCAUCUACCCCCGCAGGAUGGCCGACUGGCGUGGCAUCCCUCAGGAGAUUGAUGCUGCUUUCCAGGAUGAGUUUGGUUUUGCCUAUUUCUUGAGAGGCCGGCUUUACUGGAAGUUCGACCCAGUGCAGGUGAAAGUGCUAGAGGGUUACCCACGCCAGAUCAGCCAUGACUUCUUCAGCUGUGCACCCUCCUCCAAUUUCUUCAGAUGA